UUUGCGUCACGUGUCAUUUCUCAUUCGGAUCGAAUUUGGUUGACUGUUUUGAUUUUUUUUAUUUUAGACUUGAGUUUCUGAUUCCGGUAAUGGUAAUGGGCUUGGGGCAAGUACUUCUAGUGCAGUAAACUUGGGGUAGUAAAUACAAUCAAUCAUCAUGGAUUUUCAAAACAGAGCAGGAGGAAAAACAGGUGGGGGUGGAGUGGCAUCAUGGUCAGAGUCAAAUCGAGAUAGAAGGGAAAGGCUAAGACAGUUGGCGUUAGAGACAAUUGAUUUGCAAAAGGACCCAUAUUUUAUGAAAAAUCAUUUGGGUUCAUAUGAGUGCAAACUUUGUUUAACACUUCACAAUAAUGAAGGAAGUUAUUUGGCACACACCCAAGGAAAAAAACAUCAGGCCAAUUUGGCAAGAAGAGCAGCCAAGGAAGCAAAAGAUGCUCCAUCAAUGCUGCAACCUGAAAAACCUAAAGUUGAGCCUAAAAAGUUUGUGAAAAUUGGUAGACCCGGCUAUAGAGUUACUAAGCAAAGAGACCCCGAGACUGGUCAGCAGAGUUUGCUCUUUCAAAUUGAUUAUCCAGAAAUUUCUGAUCAUGUUCUACCAAGACACAGAUUCAUGUCCGCCUAUGAGCAAAAGAUUGAACCUCCAGAUCGUAAAUGGCAGUACCUCCUUUUUGCGGCAGAGCCCUAUGAAACUAUUGCGUUUAAGGUUCCAAGCAGAGAAGUUGAGAAGACAGACACCAAAUUUUGGACCCAUUGGAAUCGAGACACGAAACAAUUUUUCCUGCAAUUCGCUUUUAAGCUGGAAAAUAAAAAACAGCCCACAAUACUUACUGGUCGGCCUCCGAUGAUGGGUGGAGUUCCACCUCCACCUCCAAUGUUACCAGUACCGCCGCCGCCAAGACCUCCGAUGUUUAACCCUAUGCCUCCGCCGCCGCCUAUGAUGAGGGGUGUAAUGCCAGUACCUCCACCUCAUUAGAUUUAAGGAUUACAACUUUGUAUUUGUGGUAUCAAAGGCAGUGUUUUAUAAAAAACUUUC